AUGCUCCAGAAGUGUGAACUAGACGAGACUUCCGAAGCUCGCGCAGUUUACGAUAAAUGCAAACACCUGGCCAGGGCUAUUAAGGCCCAAGAAAUUGCUAAACAUAACCCAGUUGCAAACAUUCUGGACCAUGUUCCUCCUAGAAAUGUUGCUGAACCGCUAGUGCAGGCAUAUCUCCGAACCUUUGAGUCGAUAUUCCGGGUCUUACACGUGCCAUCAUUCUUAAUUUUGAGAGCCAUUGGGAUAACCCCGGCUCCUCAAGUCCUGACUUUAUCGUCAAGCUACUUCUUUCGAAUCAACGUCUCAGGGACACAGAUUCACUGUCUUCUGCUCCUGUCACGCCAGGCAAAUGGUGUGGGGGGAGACCUGGCCUGGGUCUCGGCAGGCUCUUUGUUAAAGACCGCAAUGCAUAUCGGACUUCACAUCGGCCCGUCACACUUGCCUAAUGUUACUUUCUAUGACCAAGAAAUCCGACGAAGGCUAUGGGCGACCGUCCUGGAGAUCGUCGUGCAGUUCAGCAUGGAUUCUGGCGGGCUUCCCUUAAUUCACAUGCAAGGUAUAGACUGUGAGCUACCUUCUAACAUUGAGGACGAGCAGCUGGAGGAUGCCAAUGAAAUUAUAGAUGCCACGCAUGCGAAGCUUUUAGAGGAAUAUACCAUGACCUCCGUCCAGAUUGCGUUGGUGAAAUCGCUUCCUUUAAGGCUAGAAAUAGCCUAA